UCGGGGAGCCGGUCUGGUUCCCGCUCGCUGCCGCCGCCGCCCCCCGCAGCGACUCUCCCGCUUCGACCGCCACGGGAGCAGCAUCCCGACACUCCUUGUCUGUGGAGCCGCCAACCAGGAGCACAGAGCCCAGGACGCGACACGCCGAACCCCUAACACCUCUAGCCAGGGCGAACCCUCUCAGGAACGCCCUCGCCUUGCGCCUUGCGCGACUGCUGGAGCCCCCAGCCCCGAGCGGUCCGCGUCCGCAGCCCGGCUCCUCCACUCUCGCAGUCGCCGACCCCCCCCCGAACAUGGACUCUGACUCCUGCGCUGCUGCCUUCCAUCCGGAGGAGUACUCUCCCAGCUAUAAGAGACGCAGAACUGUGGAGGAUUUCAACAAAUUCUGCACCUUUGUCUUGGCUUACGCUGGCUACAUCCCUUAUCCAAAAGAGGAGCUGCCUUUGCGGAGCAGCCCCAGCCCUGCCAAUAGCACGGCUGGCACUAUCGACAGUGACGGAUGGGAUGCUGCAUUUCCCGACAUCGCAUCUUCUGUGCCCCUGCCUGUCUCUGACCGCUGCUUCAGCCACCUGCAGCCCACCGUCUUACAGCGGGCUAAGCCCAGUAACUUCCUCCUGGACAGAAAGAAAACUGACAAGCUGAAGAAGAAGAAGAAGAGGAAGCGGAGGGAUAGUGCUGUGCCUGUCAAGGAGGAGUACAUGGGGGGCUUGUUGAAGCUGGGAGCCACCGACCCAUAUGUGGAGAACCCCACGAGUCCCACACUGCAGGAUAUCCCCCAGGCUCCCAGCGACCCCAGCUCGGGCUGGGACUCUGACACGCCUUCCAGUGGCUCUUGUGCCACAGUGUCACCUGAUCAGGUCAAAGAGAUAAAGACUGAAGGCAAACGGACUAUCAUCCGGCAGGGAAAGCAGGUGGUGUUCCGGGAUGAGGAUAGCACUGGCAACGAUGAGGACAUCAUGGUGGAUUCGGAUGAUGAUUCCUGGGAUCUUGUCACCUGCUUCUGCAUGAAGCCAUUUGCUGGCCGCCCCAUGAUCGAGUGUAACGAGUGCCACACCUGGAUCCACCUGUCGUGUGCGAAAAUCCGCAAGUCCAACGUUCCAGAAGUGUUUGUCUGCCAAAAGUGCCGGGACUCCAAGUUUGACAUCCGCCGUUCCAACCGUUCCCGAAUGGGCUCCCGGAAGCUGUUUCUGGACUGACUGUUGGCAUGUGAGGAGACUGGGCAAGGAAUUGGAAGGGACUAUGGGCUUUCUGGCCCUUUUCUUAGUUGAGCACAGAAAUUUCAGCUCUGG